UUAACUUGGUGGUGUUGUCGUUUCCGAUUGCAGAUCAGAUGUGGGUUUUGAUCAGAUCUUAAAAUUAAGGUUAAUCAUGGAUGGAGAAGCUUUUUCUUUGAAUAGGAAUUGACAAUUUUGCCCUCCAAUUCAUUCAAGCCUCGAGGGGUUAUGGCUGACGAAAGUGAUGGACGAUCGAGAUUUGAUAUCUCCAUUUUCUUCAAAGAUGCCAGGUUAGCAUUGAAAAUGGAUGAGCUUGGUGUGGAAAUAGCAAAAAUUGCAUUGCCAGCAGCACUUGCUUUGACAGCUGAUCCUAUUGCUUCUCUUGUUGACACAGCCUUCAUCGGCCAAAUCGGUGCGGUUGAACUAGCUGCCGUUGGAGUUUCGAUAGCCGUGUUCAACCAAGUAUCAAGAAUCGCAAUAUUUCCUCUUGUAAGUGUUACGACCUCUUUCGUGGCAGAGGAAGAUGCCACCUCAGACUGUAUGGAAAUGCAGGGGAUCGAUACACACAGCGAAAAUAAAAAGUUGUUGCAACACAAAAUUAUAAGUAAGAUCGAGUCACUUGACACAAAGUCACUUGUUGCCAACCACGAGAAGAAGAGGAUUCCAUCUGCCUCGUCUGCUUUAGUCAUUGGGGGCAUUUUAGGGUUUUUGCAAGCGGCAUUUCUAAUAAUCGGAGCAAAACCCGUGUUGGGUUUUAUGGGGAUCAAAUCUGACUCUCCUAUGUUGUACCCUGCACAACAAUACUUGAAGUUAAGGUCACUUGGUGCACCCGCCGUUCUACUUUCUUUGGCAAUGCAAGGUGUGUUUCGUGGAUUUAAAGACACGAAAACCCCUCUGUAUGCCACGGUGGCAGGAGAUGUGACGAAUAUCAUUUUGGACCCAAUUUUUAUGUUUGUUUUUGGUUUCGGGGUUAGUGGUGCGGCAAUUGCUCAUGUUAUAUCGCAGUACCUGAUUUCAGCAAUACUUUUUUGGAGAUUAAUAGAAAAGAUCGAUCUCGUAGCACCUAAUUCUAAGCAUCUUCAAUUCGGUCGAUUUCUCAAGAACGGUUUUCUGUUGUUAAUGAGGGUUAUGGCUGUAACGUUCUGUGUAACACUGGCCGCAUCGAUGGCGGCGAGACAAGGGUCGACCACGAUGGCUGCAUUUCAAGUUUGCUUGCAAGUUUGGCUCGCAACUUCACUUUUAGCCGAUGGUCUGGCCGUUGCUGGACAGGCUAUACUUGCAAGUGCGUUUGCGAAAAUGGACUACGAGAAGGUCACUGCAACUGCUUCGAGGGUGUUGCAGUUAGGUCUGCUUCUCGGGGUUGCGUUGGCUAUUCUUUUAGGGGUCGGGUUACAACUUGGAGCAAGAUUGUUUACCAAAGACACCGGUGUGCUCCAUCUCAUUAGCAUUGGCAUCCCGUUUGUUGCGGCAACUCAACCAAUCAAUGCGUUAGCAUUUGUUUUCGAUGGUGUUAACUUUGGAGCAUCUGAUUUUGCGUAUGCCGCGUAUUCUAUGGUUUUGGUUGCUAUAAUUAGUGUUCUGGCGUUGUUUGUGGCAUGUAGCCAUGGAUUCGUUGGGCUCUGGGUUGCUCUUACUCUUUAUAUGAGCAUGAGAGCAUUUGCAGGGUUUUGGAGAAUAGGGACAAGAACCGGACCAUGGUGCUUUCUCAAGGGUACAAUGUAGGUAUAGAUGGUUGGAGCCAUUUCAGAUUACUUUCCAAAAUGCUAUUUUUAGAUAGAAGAACUGUUUCAACGUGUAUUGAGGACAAAAAAACAGUAACUGAUUCAUGCUAUGAAGACGGUACGAUAUAGAUUUGUGUGGAUGUGCAAUUAUAGCAUUUGUAGUAGCAAAAUUUAUGUAAAACCAUUUAAAAAGAAGCAUAAAUACAAAAAGAGUAA